UUGGUGUAUGCAAAUCGAUAGACAGGUGUAAUAGAAGUUUCAUUUGGGGAGAAGAAGAAGACAAGACAAAGCUUCACUCGGUGGCGUGGGAGCAUUUAACCCAACCUCGGCAUCAAGGAGGUCUUGGAAUCCGCCCUACAAGAAGAACCAAUCAAGCCAUGUUGGCAAAGGGAGCAUGGAAACUCAUAACAGACGAUCAAUCUUUAUGGGUCGAGGUCUUGAGAAAGAAAUACGGGCGCGGCAAGAGAGAUUUGCAGAUGCUAGCAAAAUCAAAGGGAAGUUCUCAUGCUUGGAAAAGUUUUGCCCAAACGGCAAACCUCCUACGAAAAGGAGCUGCUCAAAAUGUUAAGAAUGGGAGAAAAACUAAUUUUUGGUUGGAUACGUGGGUUUUGCAGGAACCUUUACUCGCCCAAGCUACGACAGAGAUCCCGAUGGAGACAUGACAGAAGAAGGUUGCAGACUACUGGACAGAAUCCUCAGGCUGGAAGAUGGAGGAUUUGAACCAACUCCUCCCUAUAGAGGUGUUGAACAAAAUCAGAGCAGUAAAACUGGAUCCAUUAUCGACAACUGAAGACAAGCUCUUUUGGAAAGCUUCAGCUAAUGGAGUUUUCAACACCUCAUCGGCAUACAAGCUGGAAGAACAACAGCAAAACAACCACAGCUCAUUCCAAUGGCGCAAGAUCUGGCACCUCCAAGUACCAGAACGAGUUCGCCUUUUCAUGUGGACAGCAGCGAAGGGAAGGUUGACUACGAACAGCAUUAGAAAGUUCAGGCAUCUCACCUCGGAAGACAAGUGCGCCUUGUGCGGUACAGAAAUAGAAACUAACUUACACUGCUUGAGAGACUGCAGCAAGAUCAGAAGAGUUUGGGAAAAAAUUGUACCAAUAACACAGCAGCAACAGUUCUUUUCAGCUAACCAGGAAGACUGGUUGAAGACAAAUCUGGAGAGCAACGAGAACAGUGGAGAGACAGGGGAGUGGGCCAGCUUCUUUGCUUUGGUUAGUUGGUACAUCUGGAAACAUCGGAAUGAUUAUAUCUUUAAAGCAAUCAGAUUAUCCAACUAUACUCUCAUUAACUACAUUGUAUCGAAGGCGAAAGACUGGAUAAGUACUUGGAAGAAGGCUAUGGAAACAAGAGAUUCACUGACUAAGCCAGCAAGGGAAGAGCAGUUAAUAGGUUGGUCUCCACCACAACCAGGUUGGAGCAAGCUAAAUACGGAUGGCGCCGCUCAGGGGAAUUCAGGAAUUAUUACUGCAGGAGGAGUCCUCAGAGAUAGUGAAGGAGAUUGGAUAGCGGGUUUUGUUUGCAAGAUAGGAACCGGAUCUGCCAUUCUGUCAGAGCUAUGGGGCAUCCACCAAGGACUCGAACUAGCUUGGAGGAAGGGAAUACAAUUUCUGAUACUUGAAACAGAUUCGAAACUGGCAAUAGAGCUCAUCAAUAAAAGAUCAGACCCGGUACAUCCUCAUGCCACCCUUUUAGACUCUAUUCGGAGAAUGCUUGCUCAGAGUUGGAUUGUUCGUUUGGUUCAUACAUAUCGCGAAGGGAAUAGAGUCGCGGACUGGCUCUCGAAGCACAGUCUCGUCUAUCCCUUCGGUACGUAUGAAUUAGAUGAACUACCAACAGAUUUAGAGAGACUUCUACGUGAAGACAUGAUUGGGAUCAGCUUCCCUCGGCAAGUGAUUAUAGAUGGUUCAAAUGAGUGACUGUUUUACUGGUUUUGGUUUUUGGCUUGUGAUAGGAUUUGCUUGGGAGCAUUUGAGUAUGUUUUCUUCCUGUUGGAAGGUGAUCUGCUCCUCCCCUUUGAGCUCUCUGUAACUGGUUCUCUGGCUUCUGCCUCCUCUCAAUCAAAAAAAAAAAAAAAAAAUGUUCUGUUAUUAAAUACAAAGUAAGCAUUAAUUACACCACAUUAAUUACCACUUUACUGGUAUUUGUACCACUGCACUGAUACUCAGAUAUGACAUUGCUACCAGUGCACUGAUAUCGCCACCAGUGCAGUGGUAUAUCUACCAGUACAGUGGUACACCGUAUCAGUGCAGUGGUAUAUUUUUUGGAGGUGGUCGGAGGGAGUCUGCCGAUGGGAUUUUCACCGGAGAAGUGUGGCGGUCGGAGACUGCUGAAAAAGGAAAAAUCAAAUAUAGUGAGAGAAUUCCUAAUGUGUAUUUAAUGUGUGUAUUUAAUUCCUAAUGUGUAUUUAAUAGUGAGAGAAUUCCUAAUUAAUAUGGUACAUUUAA